AUGUCUGGAAGGCUGUGGUCCAAGGCCAUUUUUGCUGACUAUAAGCAGGGUGUACGGAACCAGAGGGAGCACACAGCUCUCCUGAAAACUGAAGGUGUAUAUGCUCGAGAUGAAACUGAAUUCUAUCUAGGCAAGAGAUGUGCUUUUAUGUACAAAGCAAAGAACAACACAGUAACUCCGGGUGGAAAACCUAAAACCAGAGUAAUCUGGGGAAAGAUAACUUGCACUCAUGGAAACAGUGGCACGGUUUGUGCCAAAUUUGGAAGCAACCUUCCUGCUAAGGCCACUGGACACAGAAUCCGUGUGAUGCUGUACCCUUCAAGGAUUUAA